AUGCCCGACUAUGCUAGUUACACUGUCGGUUGGAUAUGUGCUAUACGAACAGAGUAUGUCGCUGCACAGGCCUUUCUCGACGAAAAUUUCGGGACACCCGAAUUCAUACCACCUGGGGACAAUAACCACUACACGCUAGGCAGAAUCGGGAAACAUAACGUAGUUAUAGUUGUUCUACCAGACGGCGGAUAUGGCUUGUCUUCUGCAGCAGCUGUGAUAAAAGAUGUUAUUCGUAGCUUUCCCAAUCUUAGAAUUGGUCUAAUGGUAGGGGUCGGUGGAGGCGCUCCAAGCCGAAAGAACGAUAUUCGCCUCGGAGAUAUCGUUGUCAGUUCUCCACGUGAUGGGCAUGGCGGCGUCUUUCAAUACGACUUUGGCAAAGUUACGGAAACUGCGGACACAGAAGAUGGCACAAGUGUUCAGCGCUUUCAAGAAACGGGAUUUUUAGCCCCCCCUCCAGUUUUCCUACGAACAGCGGUUAAUGGCCUGGGCGCUAGGUAUGAACUGCAGGGGCACCAGAUCGAAGAGGCUAUUGAAAGUGUCCUUCAAAAGAACCGAAAGUUGAAUCGGAAGUAUAAGCGUCCCCAGGCAAGUAGCGACAGGCUAUAUAGAUCGGAUGUCAUACACCCUUCUUCUGAGGACGACGAAGAACAUUGCGUAAAAAGUUGUGGCAACGAUGCGUCGAAACUAGUCGUACGGCCAGAAAGGGAUGAGGAUGAAGACAACCCCGCAAUUCACUGUGGACUAAUUGCUUCCGCAAAUUGUCUUAUGAAGAAUGCCACUGUCAGAGAUCAAAUUGUUGCAAAGAAGGGCGUUCUUUGUUUCGAGAUGGAAGCUGCGGGAUUGGUAAAUCAAUUUCCUUGUCUAGUUAUCAGAGGGAUAUGCGACUAUUCGGAUUCUCACAAAAACAAAGAGUGGCAAGGAUAUGCCUCAAUGACGGCGACAGCAUACGCGAAAGACUUGCUCAAUGAAAUCGCUCCAAGUAGGGUGGAGGCAGAAACAAGGAUAUCAGAAAUCCCCGGUAUUUUAUCAUCAAUCGAGAAGACAACGUCUGAAAUAAAUGCAAGCGUUCAGAUUAUGGGGGCCAGUCUUGGGAAUUUGACUACCAAACAACAUCAGGUAGCUAUCAAAGCCUGGCUCUCGCCUUCGGACUGCUCAACCAACUACAACAAAGCCAUUCGCCAACGUCACAAGGGCACAGGAAGCUGGCUUCUCGAAAGUGACAAUUUCGACAAAUGGAAAGCUGAUCGAAAUUCGUUCUUAUGGUUGCAUGGCAUUAUGGGGUGCGGGAAGACAAUUCUUAGUUCCACCGUUAUUGAAAACCUCUCUUCCCGUCGACCCCUAGUUUACUUCUACUUCGACAUUACUGAUGGCGACAAACAAACGUUCGAUAAAAUGAUUCGGUCACUUCUCUACCAACUCUAUCAUCAAUCUAGUCAAGCGCCGCUGCCGCAGCUUGAGGAACUGUUUCACUCUUGUCAGGAUGGAAACAUACAACCGACCUCCCUAUUGCUUUCGCAAACAUUCCUAGGCAUGAUCGAAAAAACCGAAGAGAUUUGGAUAGUCUUGGAUGCACUUGACGAAUGUAACCAGGAAGAGAGGGUCGAAUUACUCUCAUGGAUGAAAGGGGUUCGGGCGGUCUCGGAGCGAAAGAAUGUUCACCUUUUAGUUACAAGCCGGUCAGAUAAGAAUGACAUUGAAUCUGGAAUAAGAAAACUGGCCCACACAGACUAUUCAUUAGAGAUUCGAAGCGGUUUAACAAGUAGUGACAUUUCUGCAUAUAUUCGUUGGCGGGUCAGGGACGACGACGGUCUCGAAAGAUGGCGAGCAUACCCAGAUAUUCAAGAUGAGAUGGAGGCAGAACUCCAACGGAAGUCAGACGGCAUGUUCCGGUGGGUUGCAUGCCAACUUGAUGCUAUCAGUAGUUGUCUCGACCUCCGUCAGUUGCGCCAAACUCUUAGAUCGCUUCCAAAAACCCUAGAUGGAACAUACGCUCGGAUCCUACAUGGAAUCCCUGAAGACUACAAAAAAAGUGCUAUAAAGAUCCUUCAAUUUUUGACGUACUCUAGAAGACAUCUGUGGAUCGAGGAGGUAAUUGACAUAAUCGCAGUCGACCUCGAGGAAAGUCCACACUUCGAUCCGAAGUAUAGAAUGCCGAAUCAAAACGAAAUCCUUUGUUACUGCUCUAGCUUGGUAACUACGGCGAACGUAUCUAUUGAUCGGACACAACUUCAGCUAGCACACGCUUCGGUUAAGGAGUAUCUAUUGUCAAGUCGGUUAGACGACAAGAUCGCGCCAAACUUUCAAGAAUUUCAUGCGAACGCAUCAAUAUCGAAGAUCUGCUUAACGUACAUCUUACACCUAGAUCUACCGGAGCCAAUGAGCUUUGAUGAAGAUUCGUUAAUCCGGUUUCUAAAAGCCUUUCCAUUCGCAAGGUAUAGUGCAAGGUAUUGGAUGGAGUUCGCGAUAGGUGUCGAGGCUGCGGAUCAAGAUUUACAGGCACUCCUGGAGAAGCUUUUUUACGAUGAUAAAAGAUUUUAUCGGCUCUGUUAUAAUCUUUAUCAGCCAGAGCCCCAUCCAUAUCAAUAUUUCAUGUCCGUGGAACAAAUCUCAAAAGUUUAUUACGCAUCGGCUUGCGGCCUACGAGGCAUGGUGGGCUCUUUGAUCAGCGCCGGUUCCCAACUCAACACCUUCGGCGAGUUCGAUGAUCCGGCACUUUUUGCAGCAUCGGUUUGCGGUCAUUGCGAUGUCGUGGAGAUACUGUUAGCUAAUGGGGCUGACGCUAAUAAGCAGGAUGAUUAUUUUGGCUUUCCAAUUCACGCGGCCUCGAGAUUUGGUUAUGUGAGAAUUGUUAAAUUGCUGUUAGCCAACGGAGCCAACAUCAAUGCUCAAGGUGGCAUUAGUAGUACAGCUCUUGAAGCAGCUUCAUCUGCGAAUCACGUGGAAGUUGUUGAAUUGCUACUGGAGAAUGGGGCUGACAUCCAUCACCAAGGUGGAUAUUUUUGUGGCGCACUCGCAGCAGCAUCACGUUACGGCCAUGAUGAUGUUGUCAAGUUAUUACUUAAGAAUGGCGCCGACGUUGAUCAAGGUUAUCCACUGGAGAGGGCAGCGAGCCACGGCUACAAAAGGGUUGUCGAAACGCUGUUAGAAAACGGUGCCGAUAUUAGUAUUCAAGGAAAAGAAUAUGGCGGCGCGCUGCGAGCAGCAUCUAGCUGUGGCCAUCCAAAUAUUGUUGAGUUACUACUCAAAAGGGGAGCUGAUUCCAAUGCUAAAAGCGUAUGGGGAAAUGCACUCGAGGCGGCAUCAACUCAUGGUCAUCAUGAAUCGGUGGAGCUUUUAGUAGCUAACGGUGCUACUAUCGAUCAAAGUGGGGCACUUCAUGCGGCGUCGAGUUGCGGCCACGAAAGGAUUGUCGAAACGCUUAUACGUCAGGGCGCAGAUGUCAAUGCUCAAUUUGGAGUACACGGCAGUGCGCUUCAAGCGGCGUCAAGUUGCGGCUUUGAAAAAGUUGCUAAACUACUAUUGAUUAACGGUGCUGACGUUAAUGCACAAAACAGUAUGCCUAGGGCAAGCCAAAAUGCACUUGCGGCCGCGGUGUCUCGUGGCCACGAGAAAGUUGUGGAGUUACUUCUAAAAAAUGGCGCUGAUAUUAGCGAAAGCGAAUGCCACGAUGGAUUGAUUCAGAUAGCAUCAAGUCGAGGGCACCUCAAAGUUGUAGAAAUUCUGUUGGCGAACGGGAGUUCAAGAGUGACACCGAAGAACGAGCAAUGCUCGAGGUAG